AUGGACUCACUCUUCUUCGACCACCGAGACUACUUCGCUGAUAGGGUACAGAAACUCGUCGCGGAGCCCGAUACAGCAAAACCCCCAGUCCCAUCCGCACCAUCAGAUACUUCAAUUUGUGUCCGGGUUCGUCCUCUAUCUGAGCCGGAAAUCGAUGCAAAGCACGUUCAAGGUCUUUUUGCGCAACAUCAUGGCAGGGUCAAGAUGUAUGAAGCAAUCAGGAAGUUCAAUGGGAAGCCAGAUGUGAAAUCCAUGUCGUUCACCGUGGAUGAAGCCUUCGGUUCGGAAAAAGCCACGCAGGACAUCUACGACGGCAAAGUGCAGCAAUUGGUCGAAUGGGCAUGGAAUGGCGGAACGAGCAUUAUGCUUGCCUAUGGCCAGACGGGGUCUGGGAAGACCUUCACAGUCACAGCGCUGGAACGACUCGUUGUACAGGCCCUCCUCGAUACACGGCCUGAGAAAAAGGAGGUGCAUAUGUGCAUCUUUGAGAUAUUUGGAAAUGUUGCCUACGAUCUCCUGGAUAACCGGAAACAAAUCAACAUCCUCGAAGACUCAUUCGGCUCAAUCCAAAUUGUCGGAGCUCUAGAAAAGAAUCCCUCCAACGUCGAGGACCUCCUAUCGCUAAUUGAAACUGCAAAAUCCCUCCGAACAACCGCAGACACGACUAAAAACGAACGCUCCUCUCGAUCCCACGCAAUCUGCCGGCUUCGGGUCAUCGACACAGAACGUCAAGGCGCACCCGAAGGAAUCUUCUUUCUGGUCGAUCUCGCUGGCAGUGAAGCUAGCGCAGAUGUACGACACCACUCCGCAGAGCGUAUGGCAGAGACUCGCGAAAUCAACAAAUCAUUGAUUACACUCAAGGAUUGUAUCCGCGCACGAGCAACCUGGGGUAUUGCACAGGGGAAUGCCACGCAGAAACAUGUCCACAUCCCUUUUCGAACUAGCACGCUGACCAAAGUGCUGAAGCCUGCAUUUGAUGUGAAUAGUAGCAAGGCAUGCAAGACUCUGGUUAUUGCUUGUGUUGCUCCGAGUAUGUUAGAUGUGCCGCAUAGUCGCAACACACUGCGCUAUGCAGAGUUACUAAGGGUACAUGUGCCAAAGAUUAAACCAAGACCUUAUGAUGCUUUGAUUCCUACGACUUGGGAGAACAAGCAUGUACAUGAGUGGAUUAGGAAGAAUUCCGGAAAGCCUACCAUCGACCCUACAAAGCUAGCCCCGUACGAAGAUGGCACACAGCUAUGCAAGUUACAGCUAGAUGAAUUCACUGCGCGCGCUACAGUUACCGUGGGAGUCCGACAGGAGCAAGCACAGAAACUAUAUAUCAAGCUGUGGAGUCUACACAUCGACUCACGGAGUCGGCUGAGGAAAGAGACUCUCAAUGGCUCUAAUAAAGAGGGCCCGGCUAAAGUAGCAGCCAAGCCAAGUAUACAGAAGGAUCCAGUCUCGCGGAUCAACCACAAGCCUGGUACCUUCUUUCGAUUGAAAGGUAAUGGUGAUCUGGUCAUGGUAAUGGGCAGGGAGAGCAAGACUGCCUAUACGUGUGCUGAGCUGGGUUUAUCUGACGCUGCAGAUAAUUGCUAUGAACUCUUCGUUGCGAGGCAGAGGGUUGUUCAACACGAGGCAUUGGGUGAUGAGGUUCCGGUGGAGUAUGAUUUGAACACCAGAUACUAUCAUUUGAUAGAGUGA